UCGCCAUUUAAGCUUUUCUGGAAGAACUAAUCUUUAAGCUAUAAAUGUACUUUCCAAAUUCAUGAAUUUCAGCAGCUAGAAGACAACCCAAAAACAAGAAAGAAAAAGAAAAUGAAGGAAGAUCUGGGUCUUGAUUACUUUUUCACCUUUCUUAUCUCAAAAUCCAUAAAAAGCAAGAACUUGAAUCUAGGCUUACUUUUGCAUUCACAGUUUAUCAAAAAAGCUUUAACUCUUAGACCCUUUAUAACCAACCAUCUUAUAGCCAUGUACUCAAAAUUCAAUGAAAUAAAAAGUGCCCAAAAGGCCUUUGAUGAACUUCAUGUGAAAAACAGCCAUUCUUGGAACAUUCUUAUUUCUGGGUAUUCACAAAAUGGGCACUUUGAUAGUGCUUGUAAGUUGUUUGAUCAAAUGCCAGGGAGAAAUCUUGUUAGUUAUAAUUCACUGAUUUCUGGGUUUUCCCAGCAUGGGUUUUAUAAGGAAUCGGUACUCGUAUUCAAAAAAAUGCUAAAGGAAAGUAUGAUUAUUGAUAGCUGUACGGGUGUUGGUGUUGUUGGCGCUUGUGGUAGCUUAGGUGCUUUGAGAUUUUUGAGUCAAGUUCAUGGCUUUAUGGUAGUUUAUGGUUUGGAUUUGAAUUUGAUUGUUUAUAAUGCUUUGAUUGAUGCUUAUGGGAAAUGUGGGGAAGUGGAUAGCGCUCAUAGGAUUUUUAAUCGAAUGAGUGAAAGGGAUGUUGUUUCAUGGACUUCUAUGGUGGUUGCUUAUGCUAAAGUGUCUAGACUGGAGAAUGCUAUUCGGGUAUUUAAGGAAAUGCCUGUUAAGAACACAGUAUCUUGGACUAGUUUAAUCACGGGUUUUGCACAAAAUAGUUGUGGAAAUGAAGCGUUGAAUCUCUUUCGGCAGAUGCUGGAGGAAGGAGUGCAGCCAAAUGCUUACACGUUUGUUUCUGUUUUAAGUGUUUGUGCUGAUUUAGCACUUAUUGAAAAAGGUAAACAGAUCCAUGCGCACGUAGUUAGAGUUGGCAGUAUACAUGAUUUACUGAAUCAGUUUAUAUUUAAUGCUUUAAUUGACAUGUACUGUAAGUGUGGAGACAUGAACUCAGCUAAAUUACUGUUUGAGAGGAUACAUGAGAAGGAUGUUGUUUCAUGGAACUCAUUAAUAACCGGACUUGCUCAAAAUGGGCAUGGAGAGGACUCACUGAAUGUGUUCAGAAUGAUGAUAAAAGCGAACAUAAGGCCUAAUCAUGUAACAUUUCUUGGGGCAUUAUCAGCUUGUAGUCAUGCUGGUCUAGUCACUGAAGGAAUGAGGAUUUUGAACCUAAUGGAAAAGGGUUUUGGAGUGACCCCGAGGUCUGAUCAUUAUGCAAUCUUGAUUGAUUUGCUUGGAAGGAAAAACAACCUUGAGGAGGCAAUCCAUAUGAUUAAGAGAACUCCUAAUGGACCGAAUCGUGUAGGCAUGUGGGGUGCGCUUUUGGGUGCUUGUCGUGUCCAUGGUAACUUGGCUAUUGCUAGGCAGGCAGCGGAGGCUCUGUUUGAACUGGAACCAAACAAUGCUGCCAGAUAUGUAAUGUUAUCGAAUGUCUAUGCGGCUGCUAGAAAAUGGGAAGAUUCCCGAGCAGUGAGAAGGCUCAUGGAGGAGAGAGGUCUAAGAAAAGAAGUUGCUUAUAGUUGGAUUGAUGUGAGGAAUGUACGGCAUGAGUUUGUGGCGAAAGGCGAGGGCCAUGCUCAGAUAGAAAAGAUAGCUGAAGUAAUCAUCAUACUAGUAGAUCAUAUGAAGGAUGUUGGGUUCAUACCCCUCAGAGAUGGUACUUUGUUUCCUGAUGAAGAUGAUGGUUUUACUGCUUGCUAGCUGCCCUCGAGUUACCCAUGACAACCUUGACACCUGCUUACUUUAUGGAAAUCCCGAAAUAGGGAAGCCUGAUGGAGAGAAUUCGUAGCUCUCAUUAUGAAGCUCUGUCUGAGGAUCAUCUUGAGGAUCUAUCUGUCAUUUUACUCUCUUCUGUUAUCAGAAGCCUGUAUAAUAUCCCUGUUGAUAUUGAGUUCUCGCCAUACUAUUUGCCAUUUGGUUAAAGGCUCAGAAUGUAGUAUGAAACUGUCUGCUUAUAGCAUUGGAUUCUCGCAUUUUGUACAGCUUGGUAUGACAUGAUGUAACCCGUAAAUUGGAGUUUGAACUCAUUAUUAACAAUAAAUUAGCUACAAUUUGAGUUGACU